CAAGCUGAUGCUUUGUCUGGAGAAACUUUUGUGUUCCGAAAGAGUAGCAGACAGUCUUACUUUCCAGCACAAAGACACAGUCUAGUGGACAGCACAAUCCCCCAGCUGCAGCAGAGACCUGAAACUCCGUCAACAUGUCCAGCAAGCGAGCGAAGGGAAAGACCACUAAGAAGAGGCCACAGAGAGCCACUUCAAACGUGUUUGCCAUGUUUGACCAGUCACAGAUCCAGGAGUUCAAGGAGGCCUUCAACAUGAUCGACCAGAACCGAGACGGAUUCAUCGAUAAAGAGGAUCUCCAUGACAUGCUGGCCUCUUUGGGUAAGAACCCGUCUGAAGAUUACCUGGAGGGCAUGAUGAGCGAAGCUCCAGGGCCCAUCAACUUCACCAUGUUCCUCACUAUGUUUGGAGAACGGCUCAACGGAACCGACCCGGAGGACGUCAUCAGGAACGCUUUCGCCUGCUUCGACGAAGAAGGAUCCGGUUUCAUUCAUGAAGACCACCUGCGAGAGCUGCUGACCACCAUGGGAGAUCGUUUCACAGAUGAAGAUGUGGACGAGCUCUUCAGAGAGGCUCCCAUUGACAAAAAGGGCAACUUUAACUACGGCGAAUUCACCCGGAUUCUCAAACACGGGGCCAAAGACAAAGAUGACAUGUAGACGAUCAGAGAGCACACAUUACAAACACAUCAGCAUUUAGAAGUCAAGAAAAACACACCAUUUCAUGUAAUAAAUAUUCAGUGAUCUAUAAAAGUAGUAUUUUUUCUCCAAAUGCAUUUGAUAUGACCAGAUUACAAUGCUAACAAUGUGUAUUUUGUGUUUUUAUGGGGGACUACAGUGUGUUUUUUAGUAGCUUAAAGCAAUGCACUCUUCAGCUGCAGCUGGACGUCUUGAGCUUUCUGAAUCUGUGCAACUCGGAAUGAAACUAUUACAUUGGAGAUGCCAUAAACCUGUAGGCAUAGGUAUGUUUCCAUGUGCAUUUAUAAGGAGCAUCUUACUGAGAGAUAUUAUCAGAUAUAGAAAACACGAUGGGUAUUUUUAAACAUUUUAAAGUCAUUAUAGAAAGUCAUUCAUGGAAGUAAAACUACAGCAUGACAAAUUCAUAAAAAAGCUCAUCUUUAUUAUUUAAGCUGCACGUUCUCCUCUUCGACGCAGACUUUGGGAUAAGUUGUGGUGGUACUGCUACUUGUAUUUUCCCAUCAAACCCUGUGAAUAUCUGGCUUAUAAAAUCAUGUGGCAGCUCUCAGACAUGAAGUCAUCCAUCAUAUGAACAUGAAACAUUUUAUACUGAAAUAAAGACGGUCUCAAGUAUUUCUGUGCAUGCAGAAAUCAUCACAAAUAUCCUAAUGUGUGAAAAUCUGUAAAAUAAAGCUAUUUCCAUUACUCCACAACAUUAAUACAAAUAUAUGAAAAACGAAGCUUUAUUUUUCUGUAAUGCUUGUACAAAAAGACAUCAAAUAAAAUUUUAAGGCAGA